GGGCCAGAGACCCAGCCAAGCCCCCCUCAAGGCAGGAGGGGCUUGUGGGUUCCGGGGGGGGGAGAGCCCAGAGCCGGGAAGGGAGGGGCUCUUUCGGCAAGGAGGGCUCCUGGCUGCGCCUUCUUCCGCCACCUGAACAAAUCCGUGAAGAUGGAAGGAAAUCUAUGCAGACAGCAAAUCUGGGUCUCUGGAAUUCAGCGCCUGCCACAGGGCAAGGGGGGGGGGAGGGAGGGGAGGGUGCAGCCGCCGAGGAAGCGGCCACCCCCCUUCGCCUCCCCACCCCAUAAUUUACAGCUCAGCAAAAAGGAAGCAGAGGAGACAGGUGGUGGGCAUGUGAAGGUGCAUAUUCUGGGUAUGGAAUAUGCAUCCUCCUCCUCCAUCUGAAAUGGAGGAAGCAGCCCCAGAGUGGCCCUGCUAGAUUGGCCCAAGGGGACCCACCCCAUCCAGCCUCCUCUUCUUCCCAUGGGUGGCCUGCUCAAAGCCCCAAAGGGAAGCCCACAAGCAGGGCAGGAAGGGGAUGGCUGCCUCCCCCGGUUUGUCCCACCGGCAGUUUGCAUUUGGGGGGUAGACUGCCCCUGAAUGUGGAGGCUCCAUCUGCCUCGCUCAAUCAGUGACUUGGAAAAGAGUAUUCACCAAUGCACUAAUUAUAACUGAGGAGAGUAUUUCAGAGGAUUAUUCUACCUAUUCUGCCAGUCUCCUGUUUCGCACACCGGCCAGAUGCCUCCAGGACAUUCACAGGAGGCAUGAGCUUCCUCCUCCCGGAACAGAUAUUCAGAAGUGUGCUGCCUUUGAACAUGGAAGUUCCACCAGCCGUCACAGCUGAGAGCUACAGCUGGGCUUUCCCUCCAUACGUGGCUCCAAUCCCCACUGAAAGACACCUAAGCGAGUGCCCAUCACCACAUCUGGAGGCAGAAAUGGCUUUCGGCAAAGGAGCACUCUCUGCCUCCCAGGGCUAAAUCCUGGCCCCAGAAAGAGAUUAAGCACAGUAAUCUGGCACAGCAGCAGCAGCAGCGGCAUCGGACCUGGCGUCCCCCCAGGCAGGCGGCUCCCAACAGGUGCCGGAGAUGAGCCGCCGGAGCCGUGCCACGUGUGGGGGGGGGCGGUGGGCGUGGCUGGCGCUAGCACCUUCUGCCCCCACGGUUGUGCCGCAGUAGUCUCAGCGCCCCGGCUGCAAGCACCCAGCGGAGGUCACCGAGAGGAAUGCAAAGCCAGGCGGGAGACCCGAGGCUUCGGGCAGCCCCUGGCCCAGUGAGAGGGAAGGCCUGGUGGAGGCCGAGCUCUGGACACCGGCCCCAGGGACCCGGGUGCAGAUGAGGUGCAAGGUGGAGCCUGCCGCUGAGCGAUGGAAUAUUGUCCCCCCUCCCUGCCCUGCCAGCUGCUGGGGGAAGGCCUGAGGGGUGGCCUUGGCCUUGGGGAGGGUCUGGAAGGGAGUGCACGGCCAGUGGAAGCUGGGGGGGCUGCCUGCACCCCAGAGGGCUUGCCCCUCGCCUGCCUGGGCACCUUGCCGCCUCCAAGGCAAAGGGAUGGUGGGGUCUUCUGGGCUUCUCCAAAGGAAGGGGAGGGUCUCCCCUUCCCAGAGGCCCCCCAUGACAACCUUCAGGGCCACCCCAGCAUCGGGGACCCACGCCAGCCUGCCAGCUGCCAGAGCCCUGAUGAGCCCCCGGCCGGUGGGCCCAACUGCGAGAACUGGAGCUUUGGACCCCGGCCGGGGACGGCAGGGCUCUCUGUCCCCCAGGGAAGACAGGUGGCCGGGAAGGCAGACAGCUGGCCCCACAGAGCAGCUUCUCACCCCUCCAGCUCCUCGCCCUCCUCCCACAGUGAUCCCUCCCUCCACCAGGGGGUCCUUGGUGGCCCCUGGAGCCCAACAAAGCUGCCUGAGUCCCAGCGGCGAGCCUCCCUCGGAGCCGGUCCAGAGAAGAAGGCCUGGAGGAAGCUCCGCCUCUACGCCCCGGAGGGCAGCCCCAGCGGGGAAUCCUUCAGCGGCCCCAGCUUGGACCGUGAGGGCAUCACCACCUCCGCAGGCCGGCUGUCCCUGGAAGACGCCCUCCGGACCUCGGCGCUGCCGUCGGCGCUCCAGGAGACCACCGAGGGGGCCACGAGGCCUGCUGGGGACGGACCCCCUCCGCCUGGGACGCUGAGCCUGGCUCUGCCCCGGGGCUCUGCCGCUGGGUGGGGGUCCGGAGGCCAGGCCGAGCUGGGGCCGCAGUGGUGCUUCUCGGAGAUGAGGAUGAUGGGCAAGCUGCAGCUGACCCAGGGCCACCAGCCCUCCCCCAAGCUGGGCCAAGAGGCUGGACAGGUGAGGACCCCCACCAACAGCAUCACCAGCGAAUGCAGCCACACCUUGGCUUCGGCGCUGCCAGACCACAAGGGGAACGCCAGGAGCAACUCAGCCCUAGAGAAGGAGGAGGAGGAGGAGGAGAGUGAGGUCCACCACAACAGGAUGGCGCCACACGAGAAGCGGUGCUCCAGAUUCCUCCCAAACUCCGUCCUCUACCAGGAGUACAGUGCAGCCGCCACCAACCGCGAGAUCCAGCGCCAGCAACGGGAAGACGCUCCAGAGGAGGAGGAGGGGGGCGAGGAGGCACUGGGGCCCUCCAGGAGCAACCUCUCGCCCAGCGGCUCCUUCUGCUCCCGGCGCUCCUCGGGGGGCUCCACCUUCUCGCUGUGGCAGGAGAUCCCCAAUGUCCGCAGCAGCGGCCUGCUGGGCACCAUCAGCAUGCAAGCCUGCAAACUGCAAGAGGCCAAGUUCGAGCUCAUCACUUCAGAGGCUUCCUACCUCCACAGCCUCUCCAUUGUGGUCAGCCACUUCAUGAAUUCGCGGGAACUGGACGGCAGCCUCAGCACCCAAGAGAAGCAGUGGCUUUUCUCCAAGCUGCCCGAGGUCAAGGACGUCAGCGAGAGGUUCUUGCAGGACCUGGAGCAGCGUCUGGAGGAGGACAUCCUGCGCUUUGAGGUCUGCGACAUCGUCCUGCGCCACUGCCCGGCCUUCCGCCGCGUCUACCUCCCGUAUGUCACCAACCAGGCCUACCAAGAGCAAACCUACCAGCGCCUGCUGCUGGAGAACUCCAAGUUCCCAGGGAUCCUGGCAAAGCUGGAGGAGGCCCCCGUGUGCCAGCGCCUCCCCCUCGCCUCCUUCCUCAUCCUCCCCUUCCAGAGGGUCACCCGCCUCAAGAUGGUGGUGGAGAACAUCCUGAAAAGGACCCUGCAGAGCUCUCCGGAUGAAGAGCUGGCCACGAAGGCUUUCAGCGAGCUGAAGAGACUAGUCAGAGAAUGCAACACCAGCGUCCAGUCCAUGAAACGGACGGAAGAGCUCAUCCACCUCAGCCAGAAGAUCCACUUUGAGAGCAAGAUUUUCCCACUGAUUUCUCAGUCUCGUUGGCUCGUGAAACACGGGGAGCUUGUGGAAGUGGACAUCCAGGUGCCCAGUGCCUCCAGCUCCAAGCUGAAGCUCUCUGCCAAGAUGGUGUACCUCCACCUCUUCAAUGACUGCCUCCUCCUGUCCCGGAAAAAGGAGACAGGCAAAUUUGCAGUAUUUGUUCACGCCAAGAUGCCAGAGCUGAGGGUGACCGACCUGAGCUCCAAACUUCACAGGAUCCCUGGGCAGAUCUUCCUCCUCCAGCUCCUAGACAACCAGCAACUGAAGCACCAGAUUCUGCUGCGGGCACAGAGCGACAAAAGCUCUUCUGCCCCUCCAGGAGUGAAAAGCAGCGGUGGAUUUCAGCCAUGGUCCCCUCCACCCCCCAGCUGGAGAAAAAGCUCAUUUCCGAGAAGGAAGAUCUACGCCCUCAACAGGGUGAUGACGGAGCUGGAGCAGCAGCAGUUCGACGCCUUCUGCAAGCAGAUGCGGGCAUCUGACGACUGAGGACCAGGGCCACCAGAGGCCGGCCACCUGCCUGAGCCCAGCUAUGCCCAGCGGCCUGAGAGGACCAGGCAGCGGCUGGGAGUUUCCUCCAGAACCAGCCAAAGCCACCCCCCCACCACGGCCUCCCCCUCCCCAAUCCUCUUUGUGGUCCUUGGACCUUUCCUUGUCCCCGCGGGGUUUCCCUUCUCAUCCGGAAACUCUGGUUUUUAAGCCCGUUUCUUACUUUGGUUUGAGAAAUGAGUGGUGGUGUUGGUUUUUUAAAAAAACAAACAAUAAAGCUUGUGUCUGCA